GAGGCUCGGCCUUUCAAGAUCGCCUGUUUGAUCCAAGUCCAAGCAACAAACUUGUAAUAUCCACCACAACUCAAAAGUUGGGGCCUAUGAACUUGAACUCUCUCUAUAUCCGAUUUCUACACCAUUCGUAUUAACCCAUCAGACCAAUCCACCUAGCAGAACGCAGAAACUUACCAUGGCUGGAGACAACGAGUCUCGCAGCAUCCAAGAGCACGAAUCCCUCGACGGGAAUGCAAACACAGACAGACGAGACUUCCCCAAGAAACGCAAGGCCGGAAAUGACUUGGGAAACGAUGAGCUACCCCAACCCUACAAUGCCAAGGAGCUACAGCCAGCCAAACGGCGUGCAGCUUCGCCUUCGGAACAGCCAGCCCGCAAGUUGAAGAGGCCCGGCGCGCGAGCCCGCAUCUCCGAAGCCGAACGCGAGGCCAUCCGCCAACGGGCCCUCGAGCGAGAACGCGCCCUCGAAACCACGACCUCCGCGACCGUGGCCGACGGCCGCCAACGGGCCGCCAUCAACGACGUCGUCACGCAGCACUACAACAGCGUCCCCGAGCGCGGACGCGACUGGCGACGCACCGACAGCCGCAUCAAGGGCCUGCGGGCCUUCAACAACUGGGUCAAGAGCUGCAUCAUCCAGAAGUUCUCCCCGGACGAGGACUACACGCCGGGGACGCGAGACCACCCCGCCUCGAGCCGCCACGAGCUCCUGGUCCUCGACAUCGGCUGCGGAAAGGGCGGUGAUCUGGGCAAAUGGCAGCAGGCCCCGCAACCCGUGCAGCUUUACGUCGGCCUCGACCCCGCCGAUGUCAGCAUCGACCAGGCCAAGGAGCGGUACCGUCAGAUGGCCAGCCGAGGCGGGCCUGGCGGCGGCGGCGGCGGUCGGGGAGGAGGUAGGGGAGGGUACCACCGCCGGCCCCCUCCGCGCAUCUUCGAAGCACAGUUUCACAUCAAGGAUUGCUACGGACAGACCAUCGAAGAAAUCGACGUCAUCAGGCAGGUCGGCUUCGACCCGGGCCCGCUUAACCGUCGGGGCUUCGACGUCGUCAGCAUGAUGUUCUGCAUGCACUACGCUUUCGAGUCGGAGGAGAAGGCCCGCACCAUGCUCCGCAACGUGGCGGGUGCUCUGAAAAAAGGAGGCCGGCUGAUUGGCUGCAUACCCAAUUCCGACGUCCUGAGCGAGAGGGUCGGCCAGUUCAACCAGCGCAUGGCGGAGAAGAAGAAGAGGAAGGAAGAAGGCGUCGAACCGCCGUCCGAUGCCGAGGAGGGCGAGCUCGAGGAAGGUGAAGAGGAACAGACGGCCGAGUGGGGGAACCAGAUAUACCGCGUUCGCUUUCCGGGGAAGACGCCCGAGGACGGUAUCUUCCGGCCCGCCUUCGGCUGGAAGUAUAAUUUCUUCCUGCACGAAGCCGUGGAGGAGGUGCCGGAAUACGUUGUACCCUGGGAGGCCUUCCGUGCCCUGGCCGAAGAUUAUAACCUGGAGAUGCAGUACCACAAGCCUUUCAUGGAGGUGUGGGAGAGCGAGAAAGACGACCCGGUGCUUGGCCCGUUGAGCGAGAGGAUGGGCGUCCGGGAGAGGGGCCGUGGGGAGUUCCUGGUUUCUCCGGAGGAGCAAGAGGCCGCCAGCUUUUACACCGCAUUUUGCUUCUAUAAGGUAUAGAUUGCUGGGAAGAUUCGGCGAGCAGUGACAAAUAUAAUUGCUGGACCGAGUAGGCCGAUGAAGAGACAUGUCGUUAUCCACCCUUCACUCUAGACGAGUCACAAAGAAAACAAAACAAAAUUCCAGCCGCUACCCCUUCACUUACUCUGGCAGUACAUCUUUGGUCUGGGGAACCACAAGCGGAUCAUUCAAGAAGGCUGAGUGAGAAUGAACCAGCUGGUUUAUGUCCGCACCUGUCAUAGCAAUGAAUUGCGAAAAAGCAAACUAAUUCUAAAUUGCCUUCCAACUCCAUCAUGCCCAUCCGGAUUUCGUAAGUAGAGGGGACGAAGA